CGCCUCGCUUGGCAACCUUCACACAUCCCACUUUCAGGUACAACACGGACGCUCGUUCAGUGAGCUUCGCGUUCACUCUGUGCGAAAUGGCGUUCCGGAUUCCGACGCAGAACGACGUCCCAUCCACCGGCUUCUGGGGCGCCGCGACUGCCGUGCACCAAUUCUGCGAACCAAAGUACAAGACCUCUCACUACGUCGCCGAGUUCUACAACUCGCUCUCAUCCUUUGUCUACGUCUUUGCCGCCGUGUACGUGCUCUCGCGGCGUGAAGCGCGCGCAGACCCGAUGAUUGUCAUAAAUGCACUGGCCGUGACGAUUAUCGGCCUCGGCUCGGUCGCCUUCCACGGCACGAUGCUCUUCGAGUUUGAGCUGUGCGACGAGGUUCCGAUGCUCGUCUACAUCUCGCUCGCGAUGCUCAACAAGUUGGGCUGCCACCCGAUGCUCCUCACGCGAGCGCGCUGCGUCGUGUUUGCGAGCCUCGUCGUCAGCGCGUGCGCGCUGACCAUCGCCGUCUACGCCAAGUACGCCGUGUACGAGUUCUUUGUCGCCUCGUUCACCGCGCUCGUGCUGCUCGACACGGCGCUCGCGCUGACGUGGCGCAGCAAGCAGCGCGUGACGACCUGGGCAGUCUACAUGUCGAUGGCGUGCAUCCUGCUCGGCAAGAUCCUGUGGGAGUGCGAGGUCCGCCUCUGCUCGACCGACGGGCGCGUCUGGCCGCUGCACGUGGUCUGGCACGCGCUCUCGUGCGCGGCGGCCUACUACGGCCUGCUCGCCGACAUGGCGGCGCGCAUCGACUGCGGCCUCUCGCCGGCGGUCGCGGGCGGGGAGACCAAGGUGGCGCUCCGGUGGGCGGCCGUGCCAUUCUCCGAGGUGCACGUCGUGUGCGCGGCCGAGGAGGAGGGCAGCAAGGCGCGGUGAGCUUGCGAUGUCUGCUCUCUACGUGUACGUUUACUCUCGUCUCUCAUUCGUCCACAUCUCUCUAAUAGUAACUCUAACUCUCUCUCUCCCUCUCUCUCUCGGUGUUGUAGUACUCGAUCAGCGACGCUCAUGGCU